AUGAAAAAUGAUUCUAACCGACAGUCGUUUGCAGAAAUUUUUCGUGUCCUCAAUAUGGAAAAAAAAACUAGUUACAAUGUUAAUUUCGCACAAGCAUUAGUGGCUGGUGGAAUAGCGGGAACAUCUGUGGACGUGAUUUUAUAUCCAUUAGAUACAAUAAAAACCAGAUUGCAAUCGAAAACUGGAUUUUAUUCCUCGGGUGGAUUUCGUGGAAUUUAUUCAGGAUUAACGAGCGUCAUUAUUGGAAGUGCCCCUGGAGCAUCGGCAUUUUUUGUUACCUAUGAAUACUUUAAAAAACAUUUAGGGAUUUUAAUUCCUGAUACAAAGUAUCCCUCAUUGAUUCAUAUGGCGGCCGCUUCAAGUGGUGAAAUUGUUGCAUGUUUAAUUCGUACACCAACUGAAGUCAUUAAAUCAAGAAUGCAAGUAAAACAAUAUUCAUCACUAUCUAAAGCAGUUAAAAUUAUUCUUCAACAAGAAGGGUUUUUUGGUUUUUAUCGAGGGUUCACAAGUUUAGUUUUUAGAGAAGUACCAUUCUCGUGUAUUCAAUUUCCGUUAUAUGAAUAUUUUAAAUGUUUAGUUGCAGCUUACACACAUCGAAAAUAUAUUGAACCUUGGGAAGCCGCAAUCUGUGGAUCUUUUGCUGGUGGUAUAACCGCCGGUGUCACUACACCUUUAGAUGUUAUUAAAACACGAUUGAUGUUGUCAGCUAAAGAUCAAAGCAUACAUAACUAUUUUGGAAUAACAAACACAUUUCAUCGGAUUUUAACACAAGAAGGUAUAAAAGUGUUAUUUUCUGGAAUAGGCCCACGCAUAUUAUGGAUAUCUGUUGGUGGAUACAUAUUUUUAGGUGUUUACGAAAAGGUAAAGAAGACCUUACAUAAUAAUAAAAUUCUUGCUUGA